AAUCACAAUUGUCUAUGCUAGUGACAUUCCAGUUAUUAAGGAAGUUGAAGCUAUCAUGAACCCAGCAGCCUUCUCAGCGGUUCGGUUUAUCAUGUCAGCAAUUCCAUUUCUUCCAUUCGUGUUUCGAUCAAGAGGUGAUGUUCAGACUCGAAAUGCAGGAAUUGAGUUAGGAUUCUGGAUCAGUCUAGGCUACCUACUCGAGGCACUUGGUCUACUUACAUCUGAUGCUGGCCGUGCAUCGUUUAUUUCCCUCUUCACAGUUAUUGUGGUACCUUUGCUUGAUGGCUUGUUAGGAUCAACCAUACCUGCUAGAACCUGGUUUGGAGUUCUCAUGUCUGCUCUUGGGGUUGGUAUGCUGGAAUGCAGCGGAUCACCUCCACAAGUUGGAGAUCUCUUUAACUUCUUGAGUGCGAUAUUUUUCGGAAUUCACAUGCUUAGAACUGAGCAUAUAUCUCGAAGCACAAAGAAGGAGAGCUAUUUAGCAAUUCUCGGAUAUGAGGUCUGUGUUGUGGCUUUCUUAUCCAUAAUCUGGGUUUUCAUUGGAGGGUGGUUUGAUGGUGUCGAAAGUUCCAACCAAUUAACAUGGACGUGGAUAGAGAUGUGGGAUUGGCUUGUUGCAUUUCCAUGGAUACCUGCACUGUAUACUGGUGCAUUUUCAACUGGGCUCUGCUUAUGGAUUGAGGUACAGUUGUUGAACAGACUGAAUCUUUAG